CGAAGGACGUGCCGCUCCGUAGCUCGCUGUCCCGCUUCACUCUCUCUCACUCGCUCACUCACUCACUCGCGUGUGUCUGCCGCUUCGCAUUUGUUGUUUGCCACUUUUUCGCGCCACCCCAGAAAAAAUACGACUGUGUAAAGCAAAGACCGAAUCGAAAAUCGGCAAGUUUAGUGCGACCUUUGGUGACGUCAGAGGCUGAGAAAAAUCGCCAGGAUGUCUGCCAAUAAUCAGCAGCAGCAGGCGGAUCCCUCGGCGGCCGUGGUCGCCCCCGCCGCCUCCUCGGAAUACCUGAAACGCACCUGCCUCAUCUGCGGCUGCCACACCAACCAGACGAUCAAUAUCUACGAGCCGCGCUCCGGACCCAAUAUCGUCCAGCUAAUCCAGGCGAAAUUCAAGUUUCAGCCCCUCAACGAGGACAAAUUCCUCUGCUUUAGCUGCAACAACUGGCUGAUCAACUGGCACUCCCUGCAGGCGGUCAACAGCAAUGAGGCCGAAAGCCAAAGCCAAAGUCCCUCGCACAUGGGCAACAGUGUCCUGCAGCAGGAACGGACCAAGCUGCGUCCGGUGGCGAUGGUGCGACCCCAGGUCCGCGUUCAACCCCAAUCGCAACCCCAGCCACAGCCCCAAGUGCCAGUCAAUCCAACACCCGCACCCAUAAUCUACUCGAAGCGAAGGAGCAGCAGACGCAGUGCCUCCGUGAGUCGGAUGAACCGAGUCCUGCGACAAUGUUGCUUGGAAACUCUGCGGAGGAGUCCCCAGAAGAAGCAGCCGGCGGCGGUGAUUGUCUACUUGAGGCCUCAGGCUCAAAAAAGAAGCAAUCCCAUCUGCAAGGUGGAGUGUGUGGCGCCGCGAAGGAAACCAAUAGAGCGAUUGGUGGUCAAGGAGGCACAAAUAGCACCUACAGCCAUGCCAAAUCAAGCAACCCCACCCACAACCACUUACCAAAGAUUCCCGCAUCCCAGUGUGGAUGGCAAAGUAGUGGCCAUGUUCCGGCGACUGGGAACCACGCUCAGCAGGGAGGAACCAGCAGCCUCCGAAGAAUCAAGCAGAACCACCAAACCCCGCCCGCAGAUCAUGAGUCCCCUGGAAGAGAGGCCGCGCUGGACGCGGAGCCUCGAGGAAGAUGAGAUACUGCUGGAAUUCGAUAGCGCCAUUUCCGAAGUCCUGCCCACAACCACCAGAUAUCAGGUUACCCAGGGGGAGAAUAAAGAGAAUGAGGGGUCAGAAGAAAUGGAGAUCCAAGACCAAGCGGAACUGGAAGUGGUGCAGCGAAAAGCGGAAGUGGAUGAGGAGCCACUGCAACCACAGAGCCACCACCUAAAUUCCCACCAAACAUCUCAACAACUCUCUGGCCUGCGAUUACCACUGGGCCUUAGCAUUAGCCUCGUCUAAAGAACGCAGGGUCCAACGUAAUGCCCCCCAAAUCCCCAAACAAAAUAGUCAAAUUGCAUGCACAAUACGCAAAUUAUGAGCAUUAGAAGAAUGUCUAAUUUAAAUAGUACCUCGAUUAUAUUUUAAUUGUUAG